AUGAAAAUAUUAUUGGACGAGAACCGGCCGGUCGGACCAAAUCAGAACCUGGCCGGUUUACAGAAAAACGGAAGCUCCUCAUUCGCCCUUUCUCCCUUUCUUUCUUUCAUUCAGAAAGAGAUCACGCAAACCCAGCCAAAAAACUACACCACCGCCGCAAGGAGUGGCAUACUGCCGCCGUCCGUCGCACUCAAAGUUCGCCAUCCGUCCGUCUAUCUAGCUUCCCUCGUGCUCCAAGUCUUCAACCCCUGUUCGUUGUCACCGAUCGCGGCUGCUUCCUCGAGCUCGGCGUCCGUCGUCUUUGUCUGUUCAGCCGCGCUUUCGUCGCCGUUUGUUUGCCGUUCAAGUUCGCGUCUUCGUUCAGCUGUCGUCUUCGUUCGCGUUCUUCGCGGUUCACGUUCGCUCGGCGUUCACCGUUCGCGUUCACUCGCCGCUCACCGUUCGAGUUCGCAUUCGCGUUCGUCUGGAAGCCACGCUGCUCUGCUUCAAACUCUGCGACCAACCCGCGCGCUCCACCUAGCCGUCGAACUGCUCUCUUUUGUCGCCGCCGUGAGUUCCCUAAACCCGCCACCAGACAAUACACUCACACAACACCAAUACUCUGCUUCAAACUCUGCAACUUCUGAUUUCUAUUACAAUAAGUGCGCCACUUGCAAAUUAUGCAAAAUGGGAUUUUGGAGGAUGACCACUAAUGAUUAUUUGAUUUUGUAUCGAUGAUGAUGUUAUAUGACUUUAUACACAAAAAGUGAUUUUUCUUUGCCUAAGUGUUCUGAUU